UUUUUGUAUAAAUAAGAGCUGUCUGAAAGAAAAGAAUUUUUCAGUUUUGAAUACAUGAUUCUAAAUAAUAUAUUAAAAAUUUUAAAAUGCUAAAACUUAUUCUUUGUGUGUUAUUUGUUUUCUUUACUAUAGGAUAUACAGAGGCUAAAAAAGCUGAAGUAACUUGGGGACGUAUUAUGAAAGGAAAAUAUUAUCCAGGUGUAACUGUAAAAACAAAUAAUGGUACAACUGAAAUUACAUGGAAUGAACCCGUUAAUUCGCAAAUAAAUCCUUUAAGAGCUACUUUUUCUAUUAGAUUUACAAAACAAAAGAGAACUAUGUCUGCUGAACUUGACAAUUUGUGUGGAAUUUAUGAACAUACAUCAUUAGAAGAAAGUGUUCAGAUAUUCAUUUUAAAAUUUAUCGCAAAUGCCCAAAAGUGUCCGAUUAGCAAGGGUGCAAAAGCCACAUUUAGUGUACCAUUAACUUAUUCUUAUACAGAAUUAACAAAAGAGAGUUUAUGUGGACCAUAUCGAUCGGAAAUGAAAGUAUUUAGAAAAAAGGAUACAGGAAAUGCACAACCAAUAAUUAUAGGUGCAUUUAAAGGUAUUAUGACAGAUUGUCCAAAAAGGCCAUAACCAAAAAUGAUGUUUAAAUAAAAAUUUAAUUAAAAGUCACUUAAAUCUAAAAUUCUGGUAAAUUGUCUCUAAAAUAAUGAAGCCAGAGAGUGGUUAUUUAUAAUAAUUAUAAUAAAAAAUAAUAAUCCUAUUUGAAUUUCAAAAUGUUGAAUAAAUUAUGAAAAUAAAAAUU